AUGGCAACUCGUGCUGAGGUGCCGCCGCCUGCACCCGCGUCGCUCGCGCCCGAAACGACGCCACAGGAGCCGCAAAGUGGGGACAAGGAGUUCUUCGUGCUGAGCAACCUCGUUGGCGUCGAGCUGCGCUGCGUUGUGAACCCCAAAUGGCCGUGCGAGGCGCUGCUCGGUGCGGCUGCAGAGGCCUACCAGGUCGCCUUCCCGAACAGCGAAGUGCCCGAGUGCAACGUGGUCUUCCACCGCAAGAAGCAGGAGUUCCUGGUGGCCGGCACGCCAAUCAUUGAAUGCUGCGCCAAUCGCGACGAGCUGGAGCUGGGCGUCACACUACCUGCGCGCGCUAGUGCAAACGUUGAUGAUGCAGCAUCCGUUGCCCCGAGCAGCGUCAGCGGAGUCGACAGCGACGGUGAGACGAGUGAGUUCUGUGUGCUCUUUCAUAAACUGCCGCUGGGCUUUACCAUGAAGCGCGGACAUGACGGAAACACGGAGGUGGGCACCAUUUACCCGAAGAGUGCGGCGACACACUUUCCUCGCUUGACACCGGGCGUGACUAUCGUCAGCAUCGCUGGUACACCGCUCAAGGAUAUGGGCCUUCGACAGGUACAUGACCUGAUCAAGAACGCGGAACUGCCUCUGGAGAUUCAUUUCCGAGGACCCGAGCUGGCGCCGUCACUCACGCCAGGGCAGCAGGAAGCAUCGCUUUCAAGACUGUCGGGGUCGGCGGGACCGCCGCCAACUCAUCCUCAGCAGGGAGGGCGUCGUAGAGGGUCGUUUGACCGACGCAGUGUGCGGAGCAGCGGUAGCAACGGUAGUGGCCGCAGUCGCAACAGUCGUAGCAGCGGACGGGGCAGGAAGAAAAGUGGUGAGGUCAUUCUUCAGCAAGGUGGUGACAAUCAGCAGAAGGGCGAAGGCGGCAAAAUGCGGGUCCAAGCAGGAGCUCAUACCGAUGCCAGUGACUCGAAUCAGCGAGGCGGGCCUGAGGAGCAUGAGGCUGAUAAGUCGGCUGAGGCUGAGCUAGUGGAACAGAUCGAGCAACUCAAGGUGGCACUGCUGCGCAAACACGAAGAAGCGAAGCAGAUUGCGCGUCAGCUAGAGAUGUGCUCCGAAAAGCUUCUUGCAUUGCGCGGUGAAUCUGCUGGUGCGGUGCCUCGUGGCCAGCAACAGCAGCAAAAACAGCAAUCCAAGCAAAAUGGCACCCCACGUUUGCGUCGUUCAGCCACGUCUUCAUCGAGCAAUGGCGGAUCCAAGGUUCGCCUGACUCCUGAAGUCUUGGAGGCCAUGGACCAAAAGGCGGGGCUCCCUCGGCGUGGCACUGGUGCAUACACUUCGUCGAACGUGUCUUCCAUCUCGGGGUAUUCUGCGCAGUCCAUGCCUGCAGCUCGCUCUGCGAGCAUGCGUGCCCGAAGUGCUCGCGCGGCUGCUCUUGCCAAUGCUGACAACGUGUCGGUAUCGUCGUACACAUCGAACUCAUCGAAUACGUCUGCACGUCGCGGUGGCAGUCGCUCGCCUCGGGGCACGGCGCUACGGAACCUCAACAAGCGGUACAACUACAUGCCGCAAAAGUAUGCAGCGAACACAACGGGUGCUUCGGAAGGAGGGUCCACGUCAUUGUCUUCGCGCGGUGCCGUGAUGUCUCGUGCGCGCAUCUCGCGCGACUCGUUCAUUACCAAGAGCGAGAGUCCUGGUGUUGGGUACUACGACGUGCAAGUCAAGGAUCGCGUCAAAGGGGGUGAAAUUGGCGACUCGGACCGCUCCCUGCCGUGGUCUUGA